AUGUCUGGCAUGGUAAUUGACUCUGGAGAGAAAAAGGGCGGCGUCGGGCAGGACAUGGUGACUUUGGACCGCACGCCCAGCUCUUUUGACCAGGGUGAAACUGCUUCUCUCGAGAACAGCUUCGGAGAACUUCAUCGUGAUUUUACACCACGACAAAUUCAUAUCAUCUCUUUGGGAUCAAAUGUCGGAAGUGGACUCUUCAUCGCCACUGGCAAAGCAUUGGCAACUGGGGGGCCGGGCACUAUGUUUUUGGCAUACUUGAUGGUGUGCAGCGGUGUGUGGGCCAAUCUCCAGAGCUUGGGCGAAAUGACAAUCGCCUUUCCCACCUCUGGCAACUUUGUCGAUUUUGCCGGUCGAUGGGUUGACCCUGCUCUGGCCUUUGGGGCGGGGUUUGCUGAAUGGCUGGGUUGGACUUCAGUGGUUGCAUCCGAAGCCGGAUUCUUCGUUGUCUUGGUGAACUAUUGGGCUGAAGGAGUAGUGCCACAAGCUGCUCUAAUAACCAUCUUUUUGGUGAUUUGCCUCAUCGUGUUCGUGCUGCCUAACAAGGCAUUUGCGUGGGUACAAACCUUCGGGUCCAUGGUCAAAAUUAUCCUCUUCCUGCUCAUCGUCGUGCUCUCGUUGGCUCUCAUCGGUGGUGCAGGGCCGACUGGAUCUGUGCAUCACGGCAGCUACUGGACCCAUGGAAUGGCCUUUCAAAACGGUUUCGCGGGGUUCGCAAAUUGCGCCAUCCUAGCCAUCUGGGCCGUAGGGGACCAAGUCUUCAUCGGCGUCAUGGGCGGUGAAGCCAAGUCGCCGCGAUUCUCUAUGGCGCACGCAUCGAAUCUGGUGCCCAUGCGCACUGGGUUCAUGUACAUGACGUGUGUGAUCUUUAUCGGCUUGCUCGUCCCCAGCGGUGACCCUCGCCUGCUCGGCGGAUCAGGUGCGGCGGCUUCGCCCUUUGUCAUCUCGGUCAACGAGGCUGGCAUCAAGGGUCUCCCGGACCUAAUCAACGCCUGCAUGAUCAUCGGAAUCGUCGCAAUCGCUCUAGAAUCUAUUUAUCUGCCAUCUCGCAUGAUCCGCACUAUGGCUCUUCAGGGCCUGAUUCCAUCAUACUUGGGAAAGUGUGAUUCUCGUGGUCAGCCCAGAUGGGCCCUGGCAAUUACCUCUGUCGUGGCUGUCGUCUUCAGUUAUAUGAGUCUUAGUGGAGGUGGAUUGACAGCGUUGAACUGGUUCAUCUCCAUUACCAGUGCAUCAUUCUUCUGCAACUGGGCCAUCAUCGCUUUUACCAACUUCCGCUUCCGACAAGCUCUGCGUGCGCAGAAUGACAAGAUCUUUAACCAGACCUACGGCUGGGAAUCAACCCUUUGGCCUCUGGCUCCAGCUUACUUGAUGGUCAUCUCGCUUAUGCUGCUUAUUUGUUUGUUGUAUCUAUCUAUCUCACCAAUUGGUGCCAGCUUCACAGCCAAUAACUUUUUCCAAUACACCAUCGGACUGAUCGUCAUCGUCGUCUUCACCCUGGCCUACAAGAUUCUGAUGCGCACCAAAUGGCAAGAUCCCGCCACAGCCGAUCUGGUCAGAGGUCGCCACGUGAUCAGUGUCGACGAGUUUCGCAUACUGGAUGACUAUUAUAGUCGUCCUCUGUGGCGGCGUAUUGGUACUUAUGUAUCUCUCUGGUAG